AUGAAGAUUCAGGAAAAGAACAAGCCAGAAAUAUUCGAGACAAUACGGACAAUAUUCAACGUUGAUGAACGGGUACAACAAGAGACUUUGAAGCAGGUCAAGACGAGUAUACUUGAAGGAAGUAGUAAAUGGAGUGCGAAGAUCACUUUAACUGUUAUCUGUGCUCAAGGACUGAUUGCCAAGGAUAAAAACCGGUAA